UAUUCACAAAAAAUGAGAAGAAGAAAACCAAAAGACACAAAUUCAAUCUAACAUGAGACCUGGACAUGCAGACACAAAAAUAUUAAUAUAUACCAAUACCGUUGCUGCAGACUCCAUCAGAUACACAGUGUACAAAGAUGUGUAGUUAGUUAUUUGCAUAAAUUGAAGAGGUUAGAGUGAUGGGUUUUACAGCAUUGUAAAUCCCAAACAAUAAUGCUAAGGAGUAAUCAGGAAAGCCACUGAAUCUGCAGAUGCAGAUGCACUGAAACUAAUAUCUUCAAAUUCUGUAAUAUAGAAGACAAACAACCUUUCAGGAGGUUUGAAUCCCCCCAAUGUUGAAAAUAUGCGUAGAGAUUGACUCUCUCUGGAGCUGUCUGGUACUGUAGGUCAGUGGGUCAUCAGCCUGUGUGAGCCCAUAUCCAUAAUAGGUGAAGAGAAAGGUGAAGCGGGGCCGCCACAUCCCAGAGGCAACAGGUUUUUCCUACUGCAGCCUAACUGUGCCCUCCAGUGGACAUACCACGCGGAUAAUCCGUGUCAUCAGUCAUCGAUGUUCAAAGUUUUUGCUCUUUGCUUCGCUGUGCGGGUUACAGUCAGGCCUCGUCUUCAUGUGAAGAUGUUUCCUCCAGGAACAUGUAACGCGAAUUAAACUUUUCUCAAAGAAAAUGCAGUUUCAUUUCUAUGUCCGCCACUCGCUCUCCUCAGUGAAGACACGGCGAGACAGUGCGCAUGGUUGAGCAACGCUGGAGGAAGCAACGCGUGGAGUAGAGUUGACCAAACUCAGGACAAAAGGAUUUUGGAUUUAUUUGUCCGCUUUUAAGGGUCACCUCCACAGUGCCACAUUGGUCUAGGUUGAGUGAAAGAGCAACAAGCACCUGCGGGGCCGCAUCAGUGGCUGCAGUAUGGGAAACUUUUCCAGCAAGGACAGCCAUGGACCCACAGGGGCCCAUGUGGAUAGUUUCCACACUCCUCCUAGUUCUCCACAGAAUGACCUGCCUGCUGUCCCCCAACUCUUCCCCCCUACCUCACCUCAACCUUCCUCUGCGGCCCCGAUUUCAUCCCCACCUCCGGUCCCUGUCCUCACAUCCAGCGGGAAGAAAUCGCAGCCAAGCACCACCCCGACCUCUCCCGUUCCCCCUCCUGAUUGGAGGCCUCAUUCACCAGUCAGCUCAAACAGCUCCACGAUUGGUCCAGGAGUUAGCCCAGUGCACGACAAGCCAGGAAGUACUGUGGCAGUGAAAGGACAAGUUGCUCUUGGGAGGAAUGGGGGUCCUCCUACCUCUACCCCUCGGACUCCAGUCGCCCAGGGGAAGUGUGUGGCUGUAAGCCCCACAAAGAGCCCCUCUUCUCCAAGUAGUUCCUUACCUAUUGUGCGUAGCUCUUCCAAGCAGAACUGGAGAGAAAGGGACAGUGGUCUCAGUCAGUCUCUGCUGCCGGGUCAAGAGGCUGGGGACAGCCAGGAUGAGGAGGUGGAGAAGCUGCUGGAAGAGUGUAGGACAACACUGGGUAUCACAGCCAGUCAGGAUGGAGCCACAAACACAGCAGAGAUACUGAAGUGUCUACUGACAGAAGUGAAGAGUCUGAAGAGUACUUUACAGACGGAGCGUGGGGAGUGGUUGCAGUUCCAGGCUGACCUACAGGUGGCGGUGUCAGUUGCUGACCGUCUACGAGCCGAGGCUGAAGAAGAGUUGACUGCGCUCCGAACGGCCCAAAAAGACGUUGAGAGGGAACUGGCUGCUGCCCAGCAGAGACAGAAGGAGGCUGAUAUGCAGCUGGUCACCCUGAGAGGGGAAUUGACGGAGAGCAGACAGAGACUGGCUACUCUGACCCAGACUCAAGGCAAAACUGACAUCCAGGCUCCAUGUCAGGAACUAGAGAAGCUCAACGGCGAACCAAAUAACAGCAAAGAAGGGAACCAGAGGGGCAGGGAGAGGGAGGUGUACAGGUUGGGACGAGAGGCGUUGCAAAGUGGGAGUCAGAAUGAAGGGAUGAAGAAUGUCGUCAGCGAGGAGGCCAGAACAGACUGUAAGGGUGUGACUAAACGUUGCCUGAGAAAUGUGACCAAUGAGGAUAGGAGUGCAGAGGAGGUGCGGUCUAGUGAGACACGAAGGACGGUGACCACAGAGAGGUCAAGCCUGUCCAGAUUACCCGCAUCCUCAGACCCCCCCACAUUGCAGAAUGGAACCUCCCAGUCCAACACUGCCACAACAGCUGGAUCUACAAACAAGAAUGUGGGGCAAGUUAGAGGGCGAAGAAGUCUGGAUUGGCAAGACAGCAGGCCAAACACUGAUACAGGAAAACGUGAGGAGUCUUUAAACAAGUACAACUCUGCCCUCACUGAGCUGCCGCCAACCAAGUCCCAGGAUGGUUUCAACCUGCUGCUGCGUCGCCAUGGAGGCUCAAAGAGAAACUCGCUGCUACGCUGGUGUCAGAGCCGAACCCAAGGCUAUAAGAAUAUUGACAUUACCAACUUCAGCAGCAGCUGGGCGGAUGGUCUUGCAUUUUGUGCUGUCUACCACACCUACCUCCCCUCACACAUCCCUUACAGCACCCUUAGUCUCGAGAACAAGAGAGAGAAUCUCAGUCUGGCAUUCAAAACAGGAGAGACUGUUGGGAUUGCACAAUCUCUGACUGUAGUGGAGAUGCUGAGAGCAGGCGGUCCUGACUGGCAAAGGGUCCUGAGCUACGUCGAGAGCAUGUACCGUCACUUUGAGAUGUGACUGCUGGAGGUACUAACAGUCAAUCCUAUCGUGGAUCCUUAAGUACUCAUCACACACUACAAGUUGUUUAUAAUGAUGGCCCCCUUAAAACUGUUAAACUUAAUAAUGUUGGGUGUCUGAAAACUGAAGAAGCUGAUGUUCUUCUCUCAGCAAGAAAUGAUGUUCAAAGCUACAAUCUGCAACUUUUUGACAUUAAAUAAUAUAUUGCUUGACCUUUUGAAGUGCAGCCCAUCUUAGCAACAACAAUAAUAAACGCAGAAAUCCUUCAGAAACA